AGGACUUUGUGGUGCACAAUUAUUAUAGUUAAUUACCAUUUAUCUUUAAUUUCAUGACCCUCGUGAUUUCUCUCUAAUGUCCGCAAUUUCAGUUCACCUGUCACCAUUUAAAGAAAGAACAUAAUUCAAUCUACACAAAUAUUACCAUCCAAUUAUAAAAAAUCCUUCCCAGCGUAUCUGGAAGCCAGGAUUUGCUUCUGGUGCCAAUCAAUGGCAAUUGUCAGUCUUAUUUCACCACGAGCUUUGCCCAUUAAUCCCACAUCCAGAAACCACUUAGAUGCUCAGAGACCUCCAACACAGUUUCUCCAAACCAACUUGCAUUGCCAAAAUACCAUUCAUGCACGGAACUCCAUGUUUCCUUCUAUUGGGUUGGCCAGAGCAGUUUCUGAUGAUGGCAUUCCUGCAACUUCUAGUGGUGGUACUGCUCUGCAAGAGCAGAACAAGAAGCCCAGUGUAGUGGGUUGUAAGGCCUGUGGAAGGGAGGAGAUGGAAAAGGGCUGCAAUGGAGAAGGCAGGAUUCAAGGUGGAAUUGGAACUAUUCCUGGUUUUACAUGGUGGCCUAUCAAGGCCUAUAGACCUUGCCCUGGUUUUUUGGCCUCAGGUGGGAGGUAUAAGAGGCAGGGGCAGACUAUGGAUGAGGUUGCCUUUGGGAAAACGGGAACUGGUGAUGAUACUUAAACGCCUAUCAUGAUAUAUUAUGCGCGGCGCAGUAGGGUUUACGGCAGGCAGCACGAAAAGACUCGUAGAAUUUUUCUUGAUUUAAAAAACAAAAACAUUUUUUUUUUUAAAUGUCUUAAUUUUUUCAAGUUAAUUUUACAUAUCUAUAUAUGUUUAUUGAAAAAUGGCAAAAAGUAACAAUAGAAAGACAGUGAGAAACUGUCAAUUGAAACAACAAGAACAAAAUCAGUAUAGAAGCAAUCGUCAUGAAAAGAUAACUGUAUGCCGUGUCAUGGCAACCUUCUUUGUAUUGAGCAAAAGUCUGACCUGAAGUUUGAUUUGUUGAAUUUGGAAAUCAGUUC